CCCAUUGGCUCCCGUCGGGUUGGGCGCUGCUCACCGCCCCUGGAGAUCCCCACGGCCACGGACAGGGCUCUGCUCAGCCCGGCCUGCCGGGGGUGUCCCUGUCCGCAGGGCUGGAACCGGGUGGGUGUGAAGAUCCCCCCCAGCCCGAGCCCUUCUGUGCUCCUGUGCCGAUCCUAUGGUCUCAGGUCGCUCCCAAAGCCCACGCUCAUUUCUGGACGGGACAGCAGCAGCACCCAGUGCCCCACGGGCGGCACAGAGCCGCUCCCACCCCCCCCUCUGUGCAGUCAGGCCGCAGCCGCUUCCUGGCGUUGCGCACAGCUCCUUGCCAACCCAACGUUAGGAAAGAGCUUCUGCUUUCGGUGCAGGGGAGCUCCGCUGCCGCCGGAGGGGCUCCCGUCGCUCGGGUCCUUCUGCUCGGACGGCUCCGAUGGUGUUCGGGACGGAGGAGAGCUCGUAGGGCAGCGUCCGCGGGUGGGGAAUGGAGCACCGGGAGGGGAACGAGGCGGCGGGGCGGCACCUGCGAGCAAAGCUGAAGGACAGCAGGAAACCUCCCCCCGCAGCGGGCGGUUGGGCUGUGGGUCCCCCCGCAGCUUCCCCCGCGCCGGGAGGGUGGGCGCCAGCAGGACCCCUCCGCCACGCAUCAAAGCUCAGAGCGAGGGGCUCGGUUCCCCUCCGACGCCCGUUCCCCAGAACCCGGAGUGGAUGGCCCGGCUGAAGAAGGGCAUCGCACCGAGCUCCGGCUCCCACCCCACCUCUGCCAAGCCGGGAGGAUGGAACGCGGCGGAUAACAAGGGGGUCGGAGCCACCUCCCGUCCCCCCCCGAGGAACCCACCCCCGCAGAAAUGGCCGCUGCUCAAUGACCGAACCGCUCCAGCUCUCUCCACCCCAAGCGCAGAUGAUGCGGGUGAGACCCGGGGCUCGGGGCAUCCCCCGCGGAGGAAGCCGCUGCCGCACGCCGCGGUGCUGGGAGCGAGGCCGGCCAAGCCCCGGCGGCCUCCGGGCGUGGAUCUGGAGAAGUUCCAUAGGGCUGCACGCCUCGGAGAGCCCGGCCGCACUGCUGCGGGGCCACGGAGCGCAGCGCUGGGUUACCCAACGCCAUUCCCACCACGGGACACUCGGAGCGCAGCGGGCAGUGAGGAGGAGAUAUACGACGAUGUCGAGAGCGUUGAGGUGCUCAGGAGAGACCAAAGCUUUCCGCCACCCCCCACGGCCCGGCCGCCAGCGUACCUCCGGCCCAGAGGAGGGGGAGGUGCCGCUCCGGCCCCCAGCACAGUUGCGCUGCUGGUUGCUGCACAAAGAGAGGCUCAGAGCUCCCGGAGGACAAAGCCGAUGACCCUCAAGGAAUGCAAGAAGGAAGAGAAAGCGGACAGGGAGUUCCAGAAGAAAUUCAAGUUCGAAGGGAACAUCACUGUCCUGACCCAGAUGAUGGUCGACCCUGCAACGACGGAGAAGAGGGGCGGGGGGAAGAACCUGCCGCUCAGACGGGGCGAGAUCCUCGAUGUCAUUCAGUUCACCAAUAAGGAGCAGAUCCUGUGCCGGAACAGCCAGCGGAGGUAUGGUUACGUGCCCCGGGCUGCGAUGCUGCACCUGGACACGGACAUCUACGACGACGUUGAUCUCUAUGAGUGACCGACCCACGGCAAAGCCACGGGAGCACACACCAGACCCCGAAGGCCGAAGCUCCGGUGCUGGAGGGGCUGCGAGGGUCGGCCCCACAGAGCAGAGGUUGGGGAGGGACCUUCAGGCAGAGCCCUGCGACGCUUU